UUUCGUAAUUAGUAUGUACCAUAUUAAAUCCGAAAAUUGAUUUAUUGAAUAUUGACAUUUUUCCACUAAUUACAAUAUUCCUCGCGUAUACAAAGUACAAUUAUGAAUACUACAACAAGCCGAAGUAUGGUUGUGUUUCUUACCGGUGCCAUAAUCGUGAGUGAAUCUUGCUAUCAAUAUGUAAACAACUAUAUUCCUUGGAUUAAAUGAAAUGAAAUUAAAUUCCACUGCUAUCUAGUUAUCGCCUCUCUCAUUUUAUGAAGCAUGUGACUACUAGAAAUAAUAUCCAUGACACAAUGAAAAUUAGAGCGACCUCGUAGAUUUCUAUAGUGCAGGAAUUUUCCUUACAUCUGCUGUUAUCUAACAUGGGUCAUUUAAUGGCAUAGCUGUAGGUGGUGGUUACACCUUCUACCGAUGUACAUUGCCGAAGUAUCCGAGGCAGCCAACAGAGGUGCCUACUCUUCAACUCUGGGAAUAUUUUGGGCUUUCGGGAACUUCAUUCCUAACGCUAUAGGACCGUUUAUGUCUGUGAUGUGGUUCAAUUUGCUGCUCACUUGCUUCCCGGUAGCUUUCUUCAUUACGUUCUACUUUUGGGAAGGAGACACCAUAUUUCCUUGUUGGAGCUAACAAGAUCGAUGAAGCCGAAGAAGUAUGUAUUGUUCAUUAGGAAUGGGCAUUUAUAUGUUUAAAAAAUUGAGUUUAAUUACUUUUUCUGAUAUUACUGAAGUUGAUAUUUGCGUUUCGAUCUCACUUGAUGGGUCGUUAUGAAAAUCUCAGAUAGUCAGAUCCAGAAGCCCGUUAAUAUAACAUCUAAAACUUACCCUGUGGUUUACAUGUCGAUAAUCCGCCAUGCUUCUUGGUCAAUAAAACAACCUGUAUUGACAGAUAUUCAUUACUACAGUAUUGACGGAAGAAGACAUGUCUACAAAUAUCAGAAACUGAUUAACUCUGCUCUAUUUAGAGUAUAG